AUGGCAUCCUCCGCGAUCCAUAUGUCUCGUCUUGGCGGGCGCGCCUUCAACCACGACAACAGUGCAGACGCCGAGGCCGAGUAUGACCGGCUACGCGAUCUGGCGCGGGCUGAGGCCGACAAGAAGAAAUUAUGCUUCGAUCGGGCUCAUGAGGCCUAUGAACGUGGCGACGGCGCGGGAGCCAAGGAACUCUCGGACGAAGGCAAGCGUCACCAAAAGAAACAGGCCGAGUACAACAAGCAGGCCUCCGAGUUCAUCUUCCGUGAGAACAACGCCCCCGGCCGCAUCGCCGAGGACACCAUCGACCUACACGGCCAGUUUGUCGAGGAAGCUGAGGACAUCCUUGAGGAGCGCAUCCGUUACGCCCAGUCCACUGGGCAGUCCCACCUGCAUGUCAUUGUCGGCAAGGGAAACCACUCAACUGGCCACGUCCAGAAGCUGAAACCGAGGGUGGAGAGGGUGUGUCGGGAGGCUGGGCUGGACUAUGCCACUGAGGAAAAUGAAGGGCGCAUUUAUGUCGACCUGAAAGGCGGGAGGGUGGAGGCGCCGCCGCCGUUGCCCGCCCAGCCGGGGGGGUACCAUGGCGGGUAUGGUGGUGCGGGUGGUGGUGGCCAUCACCAACAACAGCAUCAGCAGCAGCAGCACCAUGAGCCGCAGCAUUAUGGUGAGAGCGGCAGCGGGCAUCAACAGCGCCCCCCGCAGCACCACCAACGGCCGCCCCAGCAACAGCAGGAGGAGGACGAUAUCUUCAGUUGCCUCAAGGGCUGCUGUCUGGUCAUGUAA